CACGAUAGGCAAGUUCAACUCCUUCCUGAGCGGGGGCUGUCCGGACGGCUGGAUGUCCGUAGAAGAGAAGUCGCGACCGCUGGCGGGUGGACUCUGGUGCGGCACCUCGUGGGGACCCGUCCUCUACUACUCAGAGACCGACUCCCUCAGCCUCCACAUCACCCUCCUCACUCUCUCCUCCGACCAGAACGGUUACAACUUCGACUUCAGGAUAUCCUACAAGAUGCUGUCCAGGACGGUCGCCACCACCCGCUUCGGAGGAGUCAUCAUCAGGGAUCUCGAAGACAAGUCUUUAGAGGAAGCGAAUAACAUCGAUCUAGCUACCAACCGUAGUCAAUUAGAGGGAGAAUAUUUUCUCGGUAACAGGAUAGGAAUGACCUACUGCUCGAGGAUGUUCAGCGACUGCGACAGGAAGGACUGCCGCCUCCAGAGCCCCAACUUCCCCGGGGUGUACCCCAGGAACAUGACCUGCUACUACGCGGUCCGCCAGCAGGCGAUCCCCAAGGGCAAGCACGCCCUCAUCUCGGUGUACCAGCCCGAGGGGCAGCUGGUCAACAUCAGGAGUCAGAGCGCCCUCUAUAUCGCUCCAACUCAAACAUCCAACAGUCACUUCAAGAGUUUGAAGGUGUGGGAAGAGUGUGAUGAAGUGCAGGAUUACGUAACUGUAUAUGAUGGCUACACAACGAGGGAUCCCGUCCUCCUUCGUUUCUGCGGUGGGGGAGCAUCUGUACCAAGGGCUGUGUCUUCUGGUCCCGAACUACUUGUAGAAUUUUCAACCUCGCCUUAUGGCACAUUCCUUUAUCCUGCGACCAUCCCUCAGCCUCUUCAUGGUUUUCAGCUUAAGGUAGCUGUAGAGUUUGUUGAUCGUGAAGAACCAUUGUAUACAAGGAAUAAGAAAUGUGAGUUCUGGUUAUCAGGUACCGGUCACGGUGUCCUCGAGAGUCCAAGAAACUCAUUGCCUCCUAACACAACGUGCCUUUAUCAUUUUUGGGGAGCUGUUCCAGGGACCACUGCACCACCUAAACAACACCCACGACCACCCAGGUAUAGAGUAUGGCUUUCGAUAUUAAAAUACCACGUUGGACUUUCACCAAAUGAAGAAAUGCAGCCUCAAUAUUCAGAGAAAAAAGAUGUGGACUGUUCCACUAGUCUCAAUAUUUGGGAUGGUACUAUUAAAACAGCCCCAGCCUGCGCAAAAGAGAACUGUAAAGACACCUCCCAACAAACUGUGAUGAAUUCAGGAGUAAAACUUUUAGCAAGCUACUGCCAGCAACAAAUUCCAAGAUCAUGUGACCAUCAACUUCUCUCGAACCUUACGAGACCCUGUACCCUAUCUGAAAGUUUCCUCUCAUCGGGAGAUUCAGCGACUCUGGAACUAAAGAUGGUGGAAGCUACUGUUUUAAGACGAGUAUCCUUCAAAGCUCUCUAUGAGUUUGUGGAUUUCCAUCAGGACGGAGAACAGUAUGGGAUUGGCAAGUGUUCUCGUAUCUUCACCCCACAUCAAAUUCAUCCGUCUAUUCAAUACACAGCACAAAAUUUCGCUUCUCCAAGAGAAAUAUUUUUGUUUGGACGAGGUGGCUCAAAAAAUAUAAGUUGUAGAUAUCGAUUUGAAGCCCAGAAAGGAGAACGAGUUAGGCUGACUUUAACUAAUCUCAGAGCAGGAAACAGAAGUGAUUGUGAGACACAAAAUGAAGGAGGGUGGGGGCGCUUAGAGUGUGUCGGAAAACCUUCUGCUUUUGUACAAAUCCAAGAGGUACCGGUUUCUGGCUCAGAAAUAUUUCUUCCAAAGGACUGCCUAUGCACAAAUGCUGAACCGUUUCUUCCAUUCACAUACACUUCCAACAGUCAUAUAGUUGAAUUACACUUCAUCGUUAAUAAUAUGUCCCACUUUGACGACUACACAAACUUAGGUUUUGAAGGUACGUGGGAGUUUGUGAGGAGGCCUCCUUGUGAAAAAAGAAAACUGCUUCAUGGUCCAUCUGGUGAAAUAAUUUUCACUGCUCCAAGUCAAUCAAGGGAAGAUAUUAAUUGUGAAGGGCAACCAUGGGUCAUAGAACCAAGUCAGGCACGGUACUUGUAUGUAAAAGUUCCCGGAGUAGUUGUUGGAAGGUCCGGUAACAAUGCCAGGGAUCGGAGGUAUUGCUACACUGAGAAUAGAAUUGAGCUUCACAGUCAGUCUACUCACGUUAUGGUGUGUCCAACUCCAGACAGUCCUAACAAUAUCGUUGAAAUAUUCUCUGAUGGAUGGGUGAUAGCUAACUCUGCUGAACGACUUCCUCCUGAUUGGGCGAAGAAUGACAAGAAAGAAUCAAGAAACAUAAUAGUCGAGUUUUCUGGACGUCAAGCUGGAGUUUACAUUGUUACUUGGCUAGAGUUAAUAAGAAGGAGAACUGAAGAUACAACGAUGGGUCUUCUAGGAGACUGUCCUUUCAAGUGUCCGGAGUUAGAUGCUUGCAUCAACUCCACUCUGUGGUGCGAUGGAACCUCCAACUGUCCUUCCGGCUUCGAUGAAUCGCCAAAUCACUGCCUCCCCCUGCCUCCAGUUCAACUGGCACUGUUAUCAAUAAUCAUACUGAUCUCAAUAUCACUUGUUGUUACUUUCCUAUGUAGGCUAAGAAAGGGAAGAAGAAGACAAUCGCUGAAAUCACUGCCAUCAGAUACCGAUACCAUUGUGUCUUCUUCGGGUGGGAAAGAGGUGAUUUGCUGACCCAGUACCAACAGUUCUGAACGUUGCCUAGAGGAAGUGGACAGAGUCACUACUGUGUGACGUUUUAAAUUUCCUAGUCAAAGUUGGAACCUUUGGUAUUGUCAUAUGACGUAUGUGUAAACAUAUUAUAGUUUCCCAAACUGCCGGUCAUUAUAAAAUAAGAUUACUACAUUAUUUAUUUCCACCCAUUUCAACAACAAAUGAAUCAUUAUUUUUGUUAUUUCAUAUCUAAACUUGUUUCCUACUUCUAUAAUUAAAUUUUAUAAAAAUUAUAAACAUUUCAUAGACAACUAAUUAGAAAACAAUAAUGAAAAAUUAUUUAUGACACUAAAGGUUCUAAAUUUUGUUUAUGAAAUUAAAUUAGGUGCCUUCCAUGUUCAGAACUGUAUUUAAGUAUUUAACAUAAGAUCUCAAUUAAUAAAAUAAUGAAUAAUAACAUUAAACAAGUUAACAUAUAAAAUACGCAAUACGAUUAAUAUAUAUUUUUAUAUAGCCUGCUUAAGAUUAUUAGAAUCGAACUUUAAAUGGAUAUAGAGUAUUCUUUUUCUAAAAAUCGAUGUCUGUACUGGAGAACUUUAUAUUAAACUUUAAACAAUUAGGGUUCUACAUAAAAACUUUUUAUGAAAUAGAGUUUUUCUUAGAAUUUUUUAAUAAAUAGAAUUCAAACUCUGUAACUUAAAGUUUAAGAGAGGUCUAUUUUGUGUUU